ACCCACAAAAAGUGUGCGCUUUUUAGAAACUCCAGUGCCAUUACUGUAAGACACAGCUGAUUUAGAUCUGCAAGAAAUGGCUACUCAGAAUACUUUCCCAGCGCUCAAGAAUGAUCUGAUCUUGAGGGCAGCUCGUGGAGAUCGUGUAGAGAAGACUCCAGUGUGGGUCAUGAGACAGGCUGGAAGAUAUCUUCCUGAGUUUAGAGAAUUUCGUAAGCAGCAUGAUUUCUUCACCAUUUGCCGCACUCCUGAGCUAGCCUGUGAAGUAACCCUACAGCCAAUACGAAGGUUUGAUCUAGACGCAGCCAUCAUCUUCAGUGACAUCCUAGUCAUCCCUCAGGCCAUGGGUCUAACUGUGGAGAUGGUCCCUGGCAAGGGACCUCACUUUCCUCAGCCGCUACAGACGCCCUCUGAUCUAGCUCGUCUCAAACUACCAGUGGAUGUGAACCAAGAGUUGGGCUACGUAUUCAAAGCAAUCACACUCACAAGACAGAAACUAGAGGGGAAAGUCCCAUUGAUUGGGUUCUGUGGAGCACCAUGGACUCUGAUGUCCUACAUGAUUGAGGGAGGUGGUAGUCCUACUCUGAGUAAGUCCAAGGCCUGGCUGUAUGCUCAUCCUGACGCUAGUCAUCAGCUGCUCCAAUCCAUCACGGACGUGUGUAUCGAGUACCUAGAGGGACAGGUGGCUGCUGGAGCACAGCUGCUGCAAGUGUUUGAAUCUCAUGCUGGACUCCUCGGGAGAGAACAGUUCCUGCAAUUUUCAUUGCCUUAUCUGAAGCAGAUUGCCAGCAAACUCAAGGCUAAUCUUCAAGCAAAGAACCUCCCCAUAGUACCAAUUAUUGUAUUUGCUAAGGGAGCUCACUACGCUCUCAAGGAGCUCUCUGACACUGAGUAUGAUGUGGUUGGUUUGGAUUGGACUAUGGAGCCAAGAGAAGCAAGGCAUUGUGUAGGGGAGACAGUCACACUGCAGGGCAAUUUGGACCCCUGUGCUCUGUACUCACCCAAAGAGGACAUACGAGCAGCUGUUAAGAAGAUGGCAGAGGGCUUUGGUAGCCAGCGCUGGAUAGCAAACCUUGGCCAUGGGAUAUACCCAGACAUGAAUCCUGAACACCUCAGAACUUUCAUAGAUAGUGUACAUGAGUUUACCCAACAAGAAAACUGAUCAGUUUUAGAACUUUAUUGUGAUAAUGAAAUCAAAUACAUGUAUCAGAAAAACAUUAAAUAAUACAAAAACAACGUAUACAAAAACAACAUUAAUUUUGACAAUGA